CUCUUUCCUACCGUUUUGAUCUUCGAAUAUUAUUAUUAUCAAAAUAAAUAACAAAUCAUACCAACAAGAAGCGGAAAAGAAAAGAAAAUAGGUCCGCGUCCAGGAAACUCUGGGAAGAUUUUCGGGCAAAGCGCAGAAAUCGCGAGCUAAGAACGCGCGUCGGCAGAUCGUCUCCCACCGCCGUCCUCCGCUCCUCUCGCAGGCGAUAGGUUUCGUCGCCGGUGGUUAUCUCUCAGAGCCUUUUUUGUUGUUCUGCUACUUCUUCGAAUCUCCGUCGCCUCAGAUUGCGCGGAAUCGCUGAGAUCGUGCGGGAGAGAGGAAGGCGAACGCACGUAGAUCGGAGGAGAGGUCGUAUCUUUUCCAGACGAUCACCACCGCUCCGCCGGAUCUGUCUCCGUUGAUCCGUUAGUGGUCAUUCUCAGCAUUUGUGAGGACAUCGCUGAAAACCCUAGAAGCAAGCAAUCAUGGCAUCUAUCGAUACUUUCACUGACAAAGACGCUGUGUUUAGGAAACUCAGAGGAAAAGCUGAGAACAAAGUGUGCUUUGAUUGUAAUGCAAAGAAUCCUACGUGGGCAUCUGUAACCUUUGGGGUCUUUCUCUGCAUCGAUUGUUCUGCUAUUCAUCGUAGCCUUGGUGUGCAUCUGACGUUUGUCAGGUCCACCACUUUAGACUCAUGGACGCCUGAGCAGUUAAGAAUGAUGACUUUCGGUGGAAAUAAUCGCGCACAAGUGUUCUUUAAGCAGCAUGGCUGGACUGACGGGGGAAAAAUCGAGGGCAAGUAUACAUCUAGAGCUGCUGAUUUGUAUAGACAAGUUCUCUCGAAGGAGGUGGCAAAAAGUAUGGCAGAAGAUAUAACCCUGCCGUCACCACCAGUUUCUUCUCAGUCAGCUGAAGGCACGAAUGGGGUUGUUGAUGUGACUGGAACUGACUCCUCUAAAGAAACAUCAUUAGAAAAGCAAGAAACACCUGUGGCAGCUGUUUCGUCAGCACCCCCUUCAAAAGUUCAUUCAGUGGUUACCACUUCUACAGUCAAGAAGCCUCUUGGAGCGAGGAAAACUGGGAAGACUGGGGGUCUUGGCGCCAAAAAGCUCGCUACAAAGCCAAAUGAAAGUCUCUAUGACCAGAAGCCUGAAGAAUUACCACUUCCUGUUCCAUUGUCUUCGACUGGCAACCCAAAAAGUGGGGCAUCUCUUGCAUCCCGUUUUGAGUAUGUAGACAAUGUCCAGCCCGUGGAUGUGGUUCCUGGUGGACAACGAGUGAUUAGCCAUGUUUCUGCACCAAAGUCAUCAAACUUCUUUGCAGAUUUUGGAAUGGAUAGUGGUUACCAGAAAAAAGGGAACUCAAGUUCCUCUAGAGUGCAAAUCGAGGAGACGGAUGAAGCUAGGAAAAAGUUCUCAAAUGCCAAGUCGAUUUCAUCGGCUCAAUUUUUUGGCGAUAAGAAUAAAUCAGCGGAUGUUGGUGCCCAAGCUUCUUUGGAGAAAUUCUCGGGUUCUUCGUCCAUCUCGAGUGCGGAUCUUUUUGGUCACAGCAACGAUAAUGCAAACAUCGAUCUCGCUGCAAGUGACAUGAUCAAUCGGCUGUCCUUCCAGACGCAACAAGAUAUUGCCUCGUUGAAGAACAUGGCCGGAGAGACAACGAAGAAGCUCAGUUCCUUAGCAUCUUCAUUGAUGACAGACCUUCAAGACCGAAUCCUUUGAUCUGAAACGCAUUUCAAACAUCUGGAAAACCAUAGGAGAGCUUCCUUGCUGCCAUUUGGUACGUGGUAGGGAUCCAAAUAGAAAGAAACCAAAAAUAGUUGAGUUGAGAACGCUUGAAUUUCCCCAGAGGCUGGAGUUUUUAUUAUUUUUGAACACCAUUGGUCGGGAGAUUUGUAUAGUGGUAAGCUGUCUUUUACUGUCUGUUGUGUGUUGUGGGCGAAAUCCCUGAUGUUUGUGAUGUACCCAUGUAUUAGAAAGCAUUUCAGAACGCUCUUUGUACUACCAUCUGUUAAAAAAUACUUAGUAUGUCAUUAGCCUAACAUAAUUAUGAAUAAAAUACCCAUGGGUAUGGGCAAAAUUGCCAUCCCUAAAUACAUCGUUACUGAUCCCUAGCUAGUUAAGCAGUGCAAGAUGAGAUCUAGCUAGCUAGGGCAUAAAGUAUAUAUAGUACAAUAACAUAUGAGUUCAUCUUGAUGUGUGGCAGCUGGUUUCCUAGCUUAAUUAGUGCCGUUUCGGGAGUGUAGCAAGGUGACCCUUUUCCUGGAGAGACUUGACAGUUUCAUACAAGCAUUGCUUCACCGGUGUGAACUCCAGCCCUAGCUCCUUCACCUUCUGGCAGUUGAACUUGUGUGGUUUAGCUAUUGGCUUCUUCUCAUCCGAGCACUUGGUGGGCAGAGGAUACUCCGGGAAGAGCUCGCCGAGGAUCUCCACCACCUCGCCGCGGUGGAUGACGCUGUCGACGCAGAGGUACCGGCCGGAGGCGGGCUGGGCCUCGAACACGAGGACGUGGGCCUGGGCCACGUCCCUGACGUGGACGUAGCCUUGGACCGCGUUGGCGUAGGUGUUGACCCAACCGGCCAGGUAUUUGAGGAUGUGGACGCUGCUCGCGUUGACGCUGGAUUGCAGCAGCGGGCCCAGCACCACCACUGGGUUCACCACCACCAGAUCCACGCCCAGCUCCUUCGCCAGCUUCCACGCCGU